UGUAGAAUAAACACACAGGGUCAAAUUUAUUGCUUGUUCUUGUACAUGCAUUGGCUGCUUGUUUAUGAAUCUGUUUCCUAGUUCUAACGCCUAAUUAAUUAAACCGACCGAGGGAAGAAAUGUUGAAUGCGUUCAGUUCAGGGAAAUUUUAAAUGUUGCUUUUAAGAGUAGUUUAUAAGGAAGAAUUGUGAUUCAUCCUUACUCUAUCAAUAUGAGUCAGACUUGGAACUUUGUAUGACUUUACCAAAAGUGGAGAAGUUCAUUUUCAAGUCUAAAAACAGACCCAGAAAAUGGGAGUAAUUGUCCACUUGUCAAAAGUCAAUCUGUUCCAAGGAACGGCUCUAAAUUCAGAUAUGGUUAACUUAACGCUAAAAUAGAUUUUACACCUGGCAGCCUUUAUGAACCGCACUUUAUAACAACAAACCCACUGCACUCUUUUACCUCGCUCAGCUAUUUUUAUUCACUUUAUUUGGAUCCACCCCUUUUCUUUCUAACAUUAGUGUUUCUAUGUUAAUCUAGCUCCACUAUUCUUUAAUUUAAAAAACGAUCUCAUUUUGCUGUCAGCCGGAAAUGAUUUUCACGUGUGGUUAAAGCACAUUUAGAAAAGUGUCUGUGAAGGUGGGAAAGAGAUGACGCAUGUUACGGCUGUCAUAGGAUGCAGAGUAGGAGCCGGUGUGCGUGGCCCUGAAGUUAUUUUUCUGAAGGGAAAGUUGAAUAUUUACGAGUUUCCUCUUUAACAUAUGCCAUUAAAAUGCAUGACACGCAGCGAGAACACGUGUGCAGCAAUUGCUUUUUCUACGUGAUCUCCAGUAAGGAAAAAGCCAUUCAUCAACAGUGAGUCACAGCUGAGGAGUAACAGGAGGGAACACGCUCGGCUGUCAUCUAGGUGUAUAAUGCACCAGCUUGACAGGGAGAUGUAUUGAUCUGCAUUUGAGAGGAAGGAGUUUCAGAGACGUUAAGCUGUAUCGUACUCUGUGGCAGUUCAUAUUGUAAAUUGUGAACGUGAAUUAAGAAUUAAUCCUUAGAGCCUUAUUAAUUAAUAACGCUGUAAUUUGGGCUUUUGAAAAAGCCGAUGUGGAGAGAAUUACAGGCUUUCGCUGCUGGGAACCCGAAAGUCGACCGUUCCAACAAUAUAUACAUCAGAAAUCUUCUCUCUUUGUGUUGCUGCAAUGAUGCAUUUCUAUUUUUGUUUCUUGAAAAAAGUGACAUAGUGUGAGUCAAUUUACCACAGAUUGAUUCAUCAGCAGCUGCUGGCGUUGCCAUAUUAAGGAGAUCAGUUGAAUCAUUGUUAAUGGGGCUAUCCAUCAACUGAUCACUAACUCAUAAAUUAUACCAUCUGACUCCCCACUCCGUCACCCCAAAUUUGGACACAUUUUACAGAUCCUCCAGGCUCGUCAAAGCUGCCACUGCACAACAUGCUCUUUGGCUGACUGCUUGAAGGUGCUAGCCUUAGCAUUUUCCAUAUGACAAGGGGAGAAGGGAGUCAUUCCUGGUCCUUGUUUGACAAGUCUGAGCCAGUCUUUGUUUACAAAGGAAGACUGGACUUCCUGCAGUUGUGCCCCUUGGUGAAAAAAAGAAAUGACUGCUUUUGUUUGGCUCUUGUUUUUGGCUCAAUGCUGCAUCUCUGACAACUUUUCCAUAGUACAUUGAAAAUCAUUGCUGCUGUUGUUUUUUAUGGAUAACUAUUUUAUCUAGUAACAAUGUUUUCCAAUGCAAUAUUUUUCCCUUUAAAUGGCUGUAAGUCAAGGAUGUUGCAUAACCACAUGGAUAACUAAACUCGAGAUUAGAAAGCAGUUUUUAAAAACAAUUAUUUAUAUAAUCUGUUCCUAAGUGUUUAUUACUUCGAUGUUGUUUAAACAGGAGCUUUACUGACCUCACCAAAUUCUUUGUAAAGACUGUAGUGUCAGCAGAUGAGAUGUUUUAAGAUACUACUGUUCAUGUGUUCAGCUGCUAGUGAGGGGAGGGGCUGUGUGUCAGCUGGAGGAGGCAAAGUACUGCUGGUAUGAAUACUGUUUCAAAUGAGUAUGCAAUCCAUUUUUAUUGACAACCCUAUUCAGUUAUCAUGCUUUAGGUAACUACAAUAUUGUAAAAAGCAAGUACCUUUUGAGUUUUAAAAAUGUUGGUAUAAUAGGUAUUGUAAAUAUCAGUUCUGGUGAUAUCCCUAAAUAUAAGAUGUAAACAUAUACUUAAGGAUAUUUCAUGUGUAAAGUAGGAUCUGAUUGAUUAUUUAUUUUCUGCAGUUUUAAGCGCUGCUGUGUAAACUAAUGUUUCCCUUUUAUGUACUUUACCUCAGUGGAACUUUGGCACUACGUUUGGCCACAGGUGUGACCUAAUUUCCACUUAUCAAAGAUACUUUGCUGCAUGUGAUUGAACUCUGCUUCACCUGUGUGUAUGUGUGUGAGAGCGCAAUUGCUGGUUAAUUUUUAAACAUAGCCUUUUGUUAUCUUUAAUCACCAAUGUUUUGUUUUAAUUACGAGAGGUAAUUCAAAGAGAACUCGAGGGAGCUACUUGCUCACAAGGCAGAAACUGGAGGUCAACACGACUGUGUUUUAAAGUGAAGUCAGGCGGUUUUGUGGACUAUGUUGUUGGGAUCGAAGCAGAAAAGGGAAAAUAAGAGAAAUAUGGUGUCAUUCUCCACUUAGAGUUGAAAGCAAAGGGUGUCAACAGCCGUCUUGGCUUACUACUCAGUGAUGUAAACUUGGCUUAUGGACAAUUUUGCCGCUGGCCAGAUUCGUUUCCUCCACCUAGGUCUGUAAACAAGAAAGCACAUAUUUCAUAUGGCUGCUGUUAGUUGAAAUUGAUUGUGGGGGAUCUGUUUUCAAUUUUAAAAUAGGUAUUUUAUCAUUAAUAUCACAUAACAGAAGAAGAUGAAAUACAGCAAGAAUGUCAGCAGAGUCAUCUGUGCAGGCAGUGUGCUUCUCUCUUUGCUUUCUCGUCACUCUUCUUGGUCCGUGUUUACACAUUAGGCACAGUAUGUGCUACUUUAACCUUUCAGGAUCGUAGCAUAGCCAACCCUUGUCUAAAAAUGUGCACGUAUCCUGUAGUGCCGACACUAUGCGGUCUCUGUCACCUGAUGUUUUCUGAUUUCCUGCUUUUAUUUUAUUUUAUAUCCAUUAAUCCCCUCAUAACAAACAAAAGAAAAAGAAUAACAGUAAUGUUAAUUAAUUAUUGUUAAAUAAAGGCGGUGGUUAUAAAUUCUGCCCGCUUAACUUAAGCCAGACAGCAAAAUGUUGAUCUUACAAUCGUCACAACAUUACUGAAGUGUACUUGCUGUCAGUUUUGCUCCUAGAAAUGAUGGUUUAACAUAACUGAGCUUGACAGUUUUUUCCAAAUGGACCAAUAUAAUGCAAUAACAUUCAUAGGACCAGAAAGACAGAGCCAUAUUUACUCAUGCUGUUGUCAGCAGUGUCUCAAUACAGCACAUGCUUCAGCUUCUUUCUCUGUUACAUCAGUUUGACAUUGAAUAAUGUAGACAAGGGUUGGGAUUGUUUUUGCAUUCUGCUAAAUGGGUAUGGGUGAGACGAUAGCCGGAUAUGUUUGAUGCUUGCGUAUUAUUCCCUGAAAACAGGAAUAAAUGUACCAGUUCCUAAUUAACAGAAUCAAUAAAUGUAUAAUGGAUUAGUAGAGUGCUCGGCCUCUGUCGUCUAAGGUGUAGGUGAUUAAUUUAAUUGUUUUUCCAUUUCAUCACAUGAUCACAAACUUGAUGUCCUUGUACAGACUUGUCCCGACUUGUGAUGUCAUCGGCAAAGGUGGGUUUUCCAUUUGCCAGUCCAGCCCUGAAGCAAAUCCGAAAACAGCAGCUCUUAAGAAACUCUGAGCUUAAGUGAUUGCUUUGGAAUGCUGUUGCCAAGGAGCCCAGUUGCAAAGUACAACGGCAGAGACAUUUGUGCAUUUAGUCAGGGCAUGUGAAGAUGACUGUAAAAUACAAAACUGCAGCUUACAACCUUAGAUUCUGCAUCGAACUGCGUUGUUGCAAUGUCAUCAUACAUCGAGGAUUCCUAAAAUACCACGAUGGCAAUGUUGUCCUGCAAGUUUCAGCCGAAACUUUUCAGUGGUUCUGGCGACUGUCACAAGAGGGAAGUUUCAUUGUUUGUUCUAAGUAGGGCAGUUUUUUCUUCUUCUUCUUACUCUGAAUAACAAAAUGUUUGAGGUUUAUUCUUUGCGACUAUUUUUUGGGUCUUGGGGACUAAAAUUGGAUGAGUCACUGUUGCACAUUGUUGCUUCUUUGUACUUUUUGGUACUGGAACAAUGAGAACAAUGUGAGAUAUGUAAAGUUACAAGGACAUGUCCUGUUACCAUUUAAAAUGCUACCUUGUGAAAAUCCCAAUAAAGACAUCACAACUGAAAGGUUUUGACUGUAUGCUGACCUCUUUGGCCAUUCACUGAUAUUAACACCCCCCACUGACUUGUUCAGCAUAAACACAGACACUUUUAAGAGGUUUGCUGGAUGAAUGUGUUCCGGCCAAGAUGCACUUUCCCUCCAGAUUUUGUUGGUGUAGCUCAGUUUAUUGCAUCUUCAAUUGUUUGUUAAAAUGCUCACUACAGCUCAACUCAUGGUGGAAAAAAAAAAUAGGUCAGGGCAGUCUUUCUUUGUAGCUGAUUUUAUAAAAAGCGUGACGGGGCCAGACAAAGUAAGAAAAAAAUGGGAUGGAAUAGAAACUUGGAGCAGCAUUAUAUGGGUUUUUAGAAAUGUCAGGCCACAAAUAGCUGACUAGCAGUUUCAGACUGAGCUCUCCUCUGGAGUUACAGCCGCCCACGUUGUUUAAAAUUCAUUUCAAACUAUUUAUUUCACUUCAGGUUCACACAGUUGCAAUAAAGAGAUUAUGAAAAUUUAUCAGGAUAACUGAGUUGCUAAUUAAAGUUGGUCUGGUUUAAAGUCAUAAUUCUAGACAAGCACGGUAUGACUGAACUAAUUACCACGCAAAUAGUUGAAUUUUUGUGUGUGUCUUUAUUGGACACACCAGACUCGGAUUAUUAAUAUUGCUGCUGCUAAACUUACACAACCAUGUGAAGGAAUUUUAGACCAUUUGUCCUCCUGAUCAAGGCCUUUCACAUGGUUAUUCCAAAACAUGUUUUCUUUCUUUUUCCACCAUUUAAUUAUAAAUUUACUUGUUUGUGUUUCCAGUACACUAUAUAUUCUUAUAUUUCUCCAGCUUCUUACAUGCAUAAGCGUCAGGUUAUCGACAUUAUCUCUCUCUUUAAAAAUACAAAAUCAAAUAAAUAAAAUCUUUAUAUCCUUCCUAAGAUAGAAACGUAAGUCCACCGUGCCUCCACUAUGCUUCAGACUGAAAAAGAGUUUUUUUGGUCCUCCAAUCAUGAUGCUAUUUAUCCCAGACAUGUGGAAAAGCCCAUAAACCCAUUCACUGGUUUUCUUUUUGUUGACACAUGAGCAAAAAUGUAAGCUUUGUAGAAAUUUCUGCUGUUUUGCCAAAAUAACAGGAUUGCAAGUUGAGCUGAGUUUGAGCUUUGCUGGCUGGCUGCUCUACGGGAGAGUCCUCCAGUUUUAGACCGUGUGUCUCGGUGCUGAUUGAUGUACAGCCACGUCUUUAGAACUGCUUUUUCAGGCCUCUCUCCCCAUAUGUAUUUUUAGCAUUUAUAAAGUGAAAGUUGUGAUUGUGGCAUUGUUUGCAAACACCAAUCUUUGUAUGCUUCUAUUUCAACAGAGGUACCACUGCAUCCCAUAGUGAGAAGUCAGAAGUAGAGAACCCGGUCGUGUUUGCUGUCUAACCUUUCGACGUGUGAACUUCUGAGCGGGAACAAGGGAAGAGUCGCCAGGACCAUGUGGCAGGAUUUUCUUAUAGGUGUCAACAAUUUGUUCUGAAGCUGUUAUGAAGUUUUGACCACAAACAGCACAAGAUGUUUGAAAUGCGUCCCUUCGUGUUGAGAAUGCAUCAUAUUAGAUCACUGGUUAACAAAGGCCGGCCAAAAAGAAGAGUUGGAUUGUAAUUUUUUUUUUGUGUGUAUGUGUGCGUUUGUGCGCACGUGUGUUUAUUUUUCAAUUUUUAAUACAGAAGAUUUUUAAGUAAUUGGCACGAUAUAAGGACCUUCUCCUUGAGCUGCAGACAUAGACUGGACUCCCAUGUAUAGCAGAGCAGCCGCUGCAGCUUGUGGAAUAACUUAGCUUCAGACUGUUGGACAGCUGCUUCUUCAGGGCUCCGGGGAUCUGAUCUAAGCAUCCACCCACCGUGUCAUCUGACUAUUUCACCUGUACUAAGGCAACCCUACUAACCAAUGGCAUGGGUCAAGUUCUUCAGGAAGCCAGGGGGCAAUCUGGGGAAAUCCUACCAGCCGGGGAGCAUGCUGUCUCUGGCCCCCACCAAAGGACUGCUCAACGAGCCUGGCCAGAACAGCUGUUUCCUCAACAGUGCUGUGCAGGUACUAUGGCAUCUGGACAUCUUCAGACGCAGCUUGAGGCAGCUGCCUGGACACUUCUGUCUGGGAGAGUCGUGCAUUUUUUGUGCAUUAAAGGGUAUUUUCACCCAGUUCCAGCACAGUCGGGAGCGAGCCCUGCCCUCUGACAACCUGCGUCACGCCUUGGCGGAGACCUUUAAGGACGAGCAGCGCUUCCAGCUGGGCUUCAUGGAUGAUGCCGCAGAGUGCUUUGAAAACAUACUGGAGAGGAUCCACCUGCACAUUGUGCCUGAGGAGACAGAUGCCUGCACUUCAAACUCUUGCAUCACACAUCAGAAGUUCGCCAUGUCACUUUAUGAACAGUGUGUGUGCCGUAGCUGUGGGGCAUCUUCUGACCCACUGCCGUUUACAGAGCUGGUGCAUUAUGUCUCCACCACCGCACUCUGUCAACAGACGCCUCAGCGGAGAGAUGAGUCUUUUGGGGACGUGUUAAAAGCAGCGAGUACGAUCGGGGACCUUCGUAACUGUCCAAGCAACUGUGGCCAGAAGAUCAGGAUCAGACGAGUCCUCAUGAACUCCCCAGAAAUUGUCACGAUAGGCUUUGUGUGGGACUCCGACCAGUCGGACCUCACUGAGGAUGUUAUCCGCUCACUAGGGCCUGUUCUCAAUCUUUCCUCGCUCUUCUACAGGGUGACAGAUGAGCAUGCCAAAAAGGGAGAGCUGAUGCUCGUGGGAAUGAUCUGCUACUCCAGCCGUCACUACUGUGCCUUCACCUUCCACACCAAAUCUGCCAAAUGGGUCUUCUUUGAUGACGCAACAGUCAAAGAGAUCGGCUCCCGGUGGAAAGAUGUCGUCAGUAAAUGUAUCAAAGGUCACUUCCAGCCUCUUCUUCUUUUUUAUGCCAAUCAAAAUGGGAGCGCUAUCGCCACAGAAGAUGCCUCAAAACAAAACAGCAGCCAGUCCCACAGCAAGAACCCCGUUAAUGGAGAAGCGCAAGGCACUGAGUCCCAAGUUUCAGUCUCCCCCAGAAAACUGGACCUCACCAGAGAGAACCUGAAUGCUCUGCUGGGCCAGGAUCUUUUCAAGAAGACCCCUUCAAUCCUCAGCAGGGGCAGCACUCAGACCAGUGGAGGACGGGGAACAGUGAAAAGCAAUCACAAGAGCCGCCUUAGGGAGAUUUCUCGAGAAGUUGCCCAGAAAGCAGGAGAGAUGCGUAGGGCGCAUUCACCCCGAAGAGAGCCUGAUAGGACUGGUCAACACAGGGUGGAGUCACGCUACAGAGACCCAGCUCACGACAGGACCUACUCCCGCUCAGCUUCACCUCCAGAGAAUGGCUUCAAGCAGUACCUGGAGACUCGACUGUACAGCAGCCAAGGAAAAGGUCCCACUCGGACUGAGCGAACACCGCAGCUUGGGGGCCGGUCUUCCAAUGAAAAUUCUCGUUUAAGGCACCAAGUGCUACCUGAUGUGCCCAUUGUAACUAGUCGUCAUAACAGGCGGAGACUAGAUCAGACCUCAAAUGGAUACGAUACAGACAGCAGCCAAGACUCCAGAGGGCUUUCUGGAAAUAUAGAGAACGGCCGCAGCAGGCCUGGUCGAGCUUGGAAGCCAAUGCGGGAAGCGCUAAAUGUAGACAGCGUAUUAAGUAGCGGGAAUGUAAGUCACGAACGAAGGCAGCACAGCCCCCAGACGAGACCCAAUAGUCAGUCGCCCUCACGUGAUCGAGAUUAUCUGUGGGGAGGCCGGGAAGAACGUAAGCCAAAGAGCCUGAUGACCAUCUACGAGGACGAGCAGAAGCACGAAAUAGGUGGCAGCCGAAGCUCUCUGGACUCGGACAGCCGCGGGGGCCACACUGACAAGGACAGAGCAAAGGGCUCAGCAACUCUUAAAGUGCGCAGUGACAACUGGAAGAUUCAGAGAACUGAAUCUGGAUAUGAGAGCAGUGACAGACUGAGCAAUGGCUCAGCUAAUCUCGACUCGCCCGUUGUAGAGAACAUUUCUUCCAAGGACCUCCGGCCCAUACCUGAGCUGCAUCCAAUGAGGGAUAACUUUCCUCGGAGAAGAAGUGAUGAAUUGAAGAGUGACGUGCUGUACUCAACAAUUUCCAUUAAUGAACCAGGGAGAAAAUCUCCUGAACUCCAAGAGUCCAACAUGUUGUCUGAUCAGCUGUUACAAAGCAGAAGAAGAGCCUUCCGGUACACACCCGGGAUCUUGGAAAAGAACAAUGGCCUGGACGACGAGCGAGAGAAGAAUGUGGACAGCAGCCCUGUGCCUCCCUACUUAGCAAAGACCAGCAGCUCUGAGUGGAACAGCUCAGAUGACCUUGUUGGACAGUUUUCGGAGCAAGAAGAGAAUGGCUCUGGCCCUGCAGACUCUCUGUCUCACAGCUUUCCUCUACCUUUACCUCUCAAGACUUUUGGCAACAGUCGCACAGACCCAUCUGGCAUCCACUCCUUACCACCAGAGGUGCCAGAGCGGUUUAGCUCCCGAAGCGAACCUAAAAAUGGCUCGUCUCCCCACUCGCACACAAGCCUCCGGCGGUGGAUCGAGACGCCUGCCGAGCACAGGCUUUCAUCAGAUGCCAGCUCCAAGUCGGGGUCGUCAGACCAGGAGAGGAACGAUCUGUCGGCCAGCGAGAGCGACGAGAGGUUACCCAGUCCAAAGUCCAGACACGAUGAUGGUACAGACUCUCAAACUCUGACAGAUCGAGUUCUUCCCACCACUUACUUUUCAGUGGAUAACUGUAUGACAGAUACUUACCGGGCCAAAUACCACAAGAGGCCUGCCGUGUACGUGAGAGCACAGGACCAUACGUCAUCAGGGGAGAGCGAUGUCGAAGGGAGGGGGCACCCUUUGACAGAUGUUCAAACACUAGAACCUUCCAAAAGCAGAACAGAAUCAGGCAUUUCCACUCCUAAGACUUUUGCGAAGUGGAAUCCAGUUACUCCGAAGGGUCUUGAUGAGCAUGGUUUCCUAUGAUUUUUAUGGACUGAAUGAUUCUGAUGGCUGGAUGCCAACAGGAAUUGUUAAGCACUGCUACAGAUUGACUCGUAUGUGGAGAGGUAUUUUCUCUUGUACUUGUCAUAACAGCUAGUUGGACAUGAAACUGGAUGCCAAAAAGAUUGUACUAAAAAAAAAAAAAAAGUCAGGUGUCUUUAAUUAGCUUUCUAGCUACUAAAAAGCUUUGAACAGUGAAUUUGCACAGCAGAAAGGUACAAACAGAAUUAUGCCUAAAAAUAUUUUGCUGGAUUUGUGGACGCAGAGGGGUUGGGAAGGUAAAGAAUGUGUCAUGUAAAACCAACUUACUAAACAGCAGAUGAAGUGAUUUCUUUCUUUGUUUAUGCCUCCUAGUCGCACUCUUCCUGCACAUCCUGUGGAAUGCCCUUAUUUGUUUAACUAUUCUCUUUUCAGUGUUAUGACUGAGGUGUCUGCCCCAAUUCUGUCAGUUAUACCUGCCUGUCAGGGGGUUUUAGAAGGAAAGGUUCCAGUUGUGGUCAGAAAUCUCUAGAUAUGCUUUUGGCACGACUUAAAAAAUGGAUCCCAAGGAUCCGUAUGAAUGUGAAUCUCCACGACAUCCACAUUAGGUUUUGGCUGAUGAGACAUCUUUGCACAAUCCGUAAAGCCAACAGACUCGGGUCCUUGUUUGCGCGUGAACUUAUGCAAAUAACCAGCGUUGGACUUUCUUCCUUCUCUGCCUCUGUCAGACACUCGUGAGAGGUUUGGUAUACCAAAAUAACUGUUCAAGAGUGAGGGAGGGGUGUUGGAGUGGGUUUAAAAGGUGAUGGGUCAAUGUGUUAAAUUGAUUGCCUGUUGGUAGAAGCCUGCGUCAGAUCCUCAUUGACACCUGCACAUAUCCCAUCAUCUUUACGGAAUUUUCUUUUCCUUAAAAAAAAAAAAAUAUAUAUAUGUAUGUCUUUGCACUGUUUUCCUUGUUUAUUUUUUUCUUUUCACACUCCUUGGUUCUGUUAUUUUUCUCUUUAGAAGAAUAAUUUCUUUGGAUUUUGGUCACUUGAUUCUUCGAUAGCUUCUGUGAGCAGCACGUCUGCACUUGGAGGACACGAGAUGAUUUAAUUGUGUCAUCUGGUGAUCAGAUAUGGCUUUUGCUUUUUUUUUUUUUUUUAUAUGAAGGGAGUUACUAAUAAUGUGUUGUGACUUUCACUGGUUUACUUUUUUUGGUUCAGAUGUUUUAUAUAUAUGUGUGUAUAUAUAUAUAUAUAUAUUCAGCAGACUAAUACACAGUGCCUUUUGUAUUUUUCUGUGUUGAGGCGAGAUUAAAUCGAAGCCAUGGUUUGUACAAUUUGAUUUUAAAGAAUUUUUGUAGCGUUUUAAUUUUAUUUUUAUUGAACAGUUGUCAAAUAAACGGCUCUAUUUAACCAUA